CCGCCCCGCGCAUCCAUCCCCGCCGCCGCCGGCCCCUGCGCCCGCCCCGCGCAUCCAUCCCCUCCGUCGUCGGCGGAUUGACAAGCGGGGUGAACUGAGUCCAGCUCUAGGUGAAAGUAGGCGAGGCGGAGGUGCAGGGCCUAGCCCACCGGGGCCGAAGGAGGCGAGACGGGUGGUGGGACCGCACCCGCCGGGCGGCCAACCCGGUGACGGGCUUCCUCAGCAGAUCCCUCUCGUCGCACUCAUGGAGGGAGACGGACGCCGGAGCGAGCGCCCGGCCGCAGGGCGGCACCGCGGUCCGGAUCAACGGGGGCAGCCACUCCGUGUCCUCGUCCGCCGGCGGACUCGCUGCACGCGCAUGUACAUAGCGCCGCCCGCCGACGCCGCGGCGACUCCCUGCUCCGGAGGUUCUACUGGCUCGGCCGCAGCAGCAGCGUCCACUGCCCGUCGCCCCGCCGGAGCCCCGACACCGGGAUGCUGCACUUCCACCACGCUCCCUCCACCACCACCAGGAGGCAGACCCAAGGGAGGCGUCUCAACCUCUUUGCUGCUCACAGUCACAGACAUCAGCGACAACAACAUUAGCCAUGGGCAGAGAAAUGUUUCUCCUGCUACAAGCUCAAGCACAAUGUGUCCUGGUCCUGCUCCUGGUGUAAAGUCCCUCUUCAAUCAAGUUAACCAAAUGCUGCUCUUCCGUCUUGUCGCAACGAUGUUCCAGGUUCACUAGCCUGCCUGUCUGUCUGCCUGCCAUAUAGGUAAUCAAUCUUUUGUAGUGCGGACGAGCAAGAUCGAUAGCACUCGACAGCCAAUUCAGACUUUGUUGUCUUCAUCGUGGUUUGCCGAUAUUUCGCUGCUGGCGACGGUGAUCAGGCUGCCAUAUUGGAAAGCAUCGCGACCACGGUGCCUGGGGAGUGGAAGGUGCACGCUAAAAUGUGACCCUCAUCGGUAACUUUGCCGGUCCCGCACCCCUGGUUUAUUACAAAAGGUGGUUGAUCUAAAGCCAAAGGUGAAACAGUGGAGUCUACAUAACUUGGAUGGCUGAAGCUACAACAGGCCAGCACCACCUAAAGAGCAAGAGUUGGCCAUCCAGAAGUUCAAUACACAAGUACCAAUUAAUAAGGUUACAGAAUGGCCGCCAGAUGUGUUAAAAAUUUGUUCAUACAUAUGAAAGGACGAUUACUUGACACAUGAAUGCAUCUUGUCGCACCAUGCCUCUCCUACUCGCUCGCAGGCGCCCCCGGACCAGUUCAUCAUGAAUCGCCAAAGGACAGGGGUCCGACACUCAAAGCAUCAGAGCAACCAAAUUGAUGGUGAUUAACUGAUGUACUUUUCCUUUAAUCAUCCAGCAAACCAACCUCUGAUGUUGAUAGUAAAAAAGAAACUUCUCUAUGGUAUUAUCUUUCUAGCAAUAAUGGUCAGGCAUGAUCAAACAUAAUAAGAUAAAUGUAUAACCCAGAUUUUGAAAAACAAAUCUUGCAUGAUCAUUAUAUUUGUAGCAGUAAUUUGCGCUUGUGAUGAUCAAUGAAGUUUUGCAUCAUACACAUAUUUCUAGACAGACAUUCGGGAUUUUGUUGUGUCUUGCAUUCAUGUGCUCUUAUUCCCCAACUUAUUUUUGUAACAAGAAGAGGAUUAAAGAUGAGUCGGGAUCAUCAACUCACCAUCUAUGCAGCAGUAAUCACUCUUAACUUUGUUUUCUGUUUUGUUUGGUGAUUGCAUAAUAGUCUCCUUUGCUGUUUUUAUGGUGCCUUUUUUAACCAGUACAAAUUUCAGAGAUUCCUCAUACAUUUGGAUGGUUUGGGCUGCUUUGAACUGUAAAAUUUAUAUUUGGUUGUUUUUAUGGUAACGCGUAUGGACGGUCAACAGUCCACCCAAGCAUGGCCUUCCACUUACCAAAAGUUAGACCGUGGACGGACUAGCAAGCCAAUACUUCUUUCCAGUUAACUUGCACACCUUUUCUUCUAUUUUGUGAUGCCAUGUGAGAGACUAUAUUAGACGUGUCAUUUAGUUGUCCCAAAUUACUAAUUCGUUCGCAGAUUCAGAAGCCACCACAACUUGGGUCACUAUUGAAAGGGCUCUUGGCCUAUUUUCUCAUUUACUAAUUGGACUAAUGACAUAAAUUAUUUUGUUGUCUUAUUUCUUAUUUAAUUUCUGUAGUGAUGUUUAUGUAUAGUUUAUUCAUAGAUGGUAAGACCAAGUAGGCCGAUGUCAAAUGCAUUAUAGAUCAAGACAGAGUUGACACUAAUUUCAUAUCUGCAAGUUUUUUGAUCCUGUACCAAAACUAUUGUUGAUGCUUUGAGUAGCCCUGUGCUUGUAGAGCAAAGGAUCACUUCCAUGUUAUAUUUUCAAUGCAUACUUUGAAUUGGUACUUUUACUUUUGGGGUUGCCCUCAAUGAUCGCCGCUAAUUUCCAGUCUACAUAAUAAUGCCAAAAGUAGAAGUAUGCACUGCAAAAUUUUGGGGAGCAACAUGAAUCAUGGUUUAGGCAAGCAUAUCUUUGUUCUGGCGUUGUACAGAUAGUAAAUCUCUCUAAUGUGGCGAAAUCAUGCUUUGUGGAGUGCUUAUUGCUUUCCUGUUUUUCAGGAAACAUGAUUGUUCCUUUUCCCUAUCCAAUAUGGAUGCGGUGAGUUGUUGAUUCAUAUCAAUUACAUUGUUUAAGUAAAAGAAAACAUGUGUUUGCAAGGUGAAAUCAAAUGUAGCAGCAUUUGGCAUUUUUUAAUGGUUUGGAACUUUGGAGCCCUGCAAGAGUUGGUCAUCAUUCUUGGAUCAAGAAGUGAAGUGAUGGAUGUUUACUGAGAGUUCAAGGUCACUUGCUGGGAAGUUAUGUUCCUUAAACCCACCGAUAAACGCUCGGGAGCACCAACCGUAGGCCUCGGAGUGGCUUGGCCUCUGAUAAAAAAAGACCCCAUGCUUCUCAUGGCUGCUCGCACAUGUUUAAAUCUAUUAUAUGGGCAAUAAUUGAGUGUUUGUUUAGACCAGAUGAAGAAUAACUGCAGUUUAGGCCAUUCCAGGCAAAUGCUUUUGGCGCACAAGGAUCACCCAUCCAGUUUUUCUUCAGCAUGUACGUCGUGCGAAUUCCCAUCAUGGCCUUGGCUGUUAAUAUGGAAAAAAAAGGAGGACACAUUUCUGAGGCUCUGCUUUACGCUAUCCAAAAAUAAAUAAUUCAAAGCUACUGGACUUGCAAAUUUCAAUCCAAAUCAGGAUCCUUGACAAUGGAACACAUGGAUUAAAGUGCAAGGUACCAUCUCCAUUGUUCGUCGCGAGCUCAGUCAUCCGCUGCACUGAGUAUAUCUCGAACGCGUUCAGGAUGGGCGGGAGCGUGGCAUCCGGCGUUGCGAUGAGCGAGACGGUGUGCUGGCCUGACCCCUGCACCACCACCUGUUCCACAACCUCUGCGGAGAGGUACUUCGGGGUGUAACUCCGGCUGCCGUUCCAUGGGGUGCCAUCGACGAGGAUGUUGAAUCGCCUCAGCGCGUUGCCCGGCAGCUGCUGCAGCUCGGCGAAGUAGAGCAGCAGGAGGUAUGCUGUGCUGCUGUUGUCAUUGUUCAGGGAGUUGUCUGGGCUCCAUGAGAAGUCGAGCCGGGUUCCAUUCACCGGAGUGGCAGCGCUCCGCAGCACCACAGGCGGCGCGUCAAAGCUGCUGGCCUUGGAGAUAUCGACGUCGGCCGUCGUCGUUAUGUUGGUCCAUGCAGCCACGUCGCCGUAAGACUGCCAGAUGCGGUCAUAGGAAUCAAAUGGGUACCUGUAGUUGGCAAGGAACGGAAUCUGGUGUGAAAGAUCGGCAGAAAUUGCAACUGGUGUGCCUGAAACUCCAGGCUCUGGUUUGACCAAUAGAUUUUGCAGAAUUAACUGUUGAUUGACCUAAAAUGUUGCUUUUGGUUUGGUUUUAGAAAAGGCCAGGUGCCAUGCUACUUGGCAGUUCAUUCAGGAAUUGAAGUGCAACAACAAUUUAUAGUGAUAAAUCUUUUUUUAUUAGAACAA